UAAUGUUCCACAUUCAUCUACGAAAGUAAUCUUAUAGAUUCAGCAACAUUGCUUAGAAUUACAUUAAUGGAGUUUGGAAAACUUCAAAUGGAGGCAUAGCAUUGGAAAGGAGAUCUCCUUUAACUGAUGAAGUUGUUGGAAUAACAAAAUAAACAACUUAAGCUGAAUUCAAUGAGGCAGUUGAUGCAGCAAAAACAGCAUUUAAAACAUGGUCUUAAGUACCAUUACCAACUAGAUAAAGGUAAAUCUAUUUAUAUAACAUUAGAUAUAUGUUUGAGUAUCAAGCUAAAAUCAGAUCUAAAAUAGAUGAUAUUGCUAAUAUAAUAGUAGAAGAACAUGGAAAAACUUUGGCAGAUGCUAAAGGUGAUGUAAUUAGAGGAUUGGAAGUUGUAGAAGCUGCUUGUGGAAUUACACAUGUAAUGUAAGGAGAAACAGUGGAGAAUUUAGCUAAAGGUGUUGAUACCUAUAGUUAUAGAGUGCCUUUGGGAGUAUGUGCAGGAGUCUGUCCUUUCAAUUUCCCUGCAAUGAUUCCAGUAUUUUUAAAGAUUAUUAUUUUAGUUAUGGAUGUUUCCUAUUGCAAUUGUAACAGGAAAUACAUAUGUGAUGAAACCAAGUGAGAGAGUACCAGGAGCAGUCACUUAUUUGACUAAAUUACUAGAGGAAUCUGGAGUUCCUAAAGGAGUUGUUAAUGUUGUAUAAGGAGGUUUUGAAACAACGAAACAUAUCUGUGAACAUCCUGAUAUUAAGGCUGUAUCUUUUGUAGGUGGAAAUAAAGCUGGUGAUUAUAUAUAUGAAAAUGCCUCAAAAACAUUUAAGAGAUGUCAAAUCAACAUGGGGGCUAAGAAUCAUGGUGUUAUUAUGCCUGAUGCUGAUAAAGAGGAUUGUUUGAAUGCAUUGGCAUCUGCAGCUUUUGGCUCAACUGGUUAAAGAUGCAUGGCCUUGAGUGUAGCUAUUUUUGUAGGAAAGAGUAGAGAAUGGAUUCCUGAAUUAAUUGCUAAAGCUAAAUCUUUCAAAAUUGGAGCUGGACAUGAAAAUAUUGAUAUUGCUCCUGUUUCUUAUAAAGAAUUAUAUGAGAGAAUUCAUUAUUUAGUGGGUACAGCUGAAAAAGAAGGAGCUAAAUUGAUUUUAGAUGGAAGAUCAUUUAAACAUUAAAAAUAUCCAAAGGGUUAUUUUGUUGGUCCUACUAUAAUUGAUAAUGUAUACUAUUAUUUUUAUUUUUUUUAAGAUGAACACAAAUAUGACAUCUUAUAAAGAAGAAAUAUUUGGACCAGUUCUUAAUAUUUUAUAUGCAGACACUCUUGAUUAAGCUAUUGAGAUUAUUAAUAAGUAAUAUGAUUUUAUAUUAUUAGUAAUCCUUGGGGUAAUGGAACAGCUAUAUUUACAUAAAAUGGAUCAAUUGCAAGAAAAUUCUAAAAUGAAGUCAAUGCAGGAUAAAUUGGAAUCAAUUUACCAAUUCCAGUUCCUUUGCCUAUGUUUUCAUUCACUGGAAAUAAGAGAUCCUUUAAUGGUGAUGCUAAUUUCUAUGGUAAAGCUGGUAUUAGAUUUUUCACUUAAAUGAAAACAAUCACUUCUAGAUGGAAAGAACCAUCAGAUAGCUAUACAUUAAGCACAGCCAUGCCUACAAUGAAAUGAA